GCUGCACAAGCCACCACACGGAUUGGUCCGGCGCACGGUACUCUGGGAAUUGUAGUCCCCUCCCCCAGUCAUCUGUACGGAGGGGCGCGGUGCACGUCGGGAAGUGUAGUUUCCAGCGCAGCCCCGCGGAUUCUCUCCUGACCGACAUGGCGGACAGGAGGCGGCGGAGGAGACGUGCGUCCCAGGACAGCGAGGAGGAGGAAGAAGAGUCCGGCAGCGAGAGCCCGGGCUCCGAGGAGAAGCCGGUCCUACCGGGGAAAAGCGAGACCCGAGAGGUCGUGGUGCCUGUCAGAGUCAGAGAGGGAGACAAGUCCGAGUGUGAAAGUGAAGAUGGUAUUGGCGAUGGCGAUGGUGAUGCCGUGUUGUCAGACUACGAAAGUGCUGAGGAGUCUGAAGAGGAAGAGCCUCACUUAAGUGAAGAGGAAGCACUCAAAGCUACCCUAAAACCAGAAAACACAGCUGUCGAGACGACCGCCGCUGCCACCACCCCUGAUGCCGCCCCCACCACAAUCGCUGUUGCUCCCACCGCCACCACCCCAAAAGAGGAAAAGCUUAAGACAAAAGGAGCAGUAACAGGGGAGCGUCAGAGUGGAGAUGGACAGGAGAGCAUUGAGCCUGAUGAAAAUAAGGUCUCCCCGAAGACUCAGAAGCAGUUGGAUGAUGAUGAAGACAGGAAGAAUCCUGCAUACAUCCCUCGUAAGGGGCUCUUCUUUGAACAUGAUCUACGCGGACACACAAAUGAUGAGGAAGUAAGACCAAAAGGUCGCCACCCACGCAAGUUGUGGAAAGAUGAGGGGCGAUGGGUGCAUGAUCGGUUUCGGGAGGAUGAGCAAGCGCCAAAGUCUCGGGAUGAACUUAUUGCCAUGUACGGUUAUGACAUCCGUUCUUCUAAAAACCCAGAGGAAAUUCAUACACGCCGACCAAGAAAGCCAAGAUACCCCAGCCCCUCCAGAAGGGAAGACCAGGAGGAAAUGCCAAUCAGGCAGUCAAACCGCUAUUAUGAUUCCGAGUCUGUCCCCCCACCCCGAACCUACAACAGUCGCAAUUCCCCUGGGAACAAUAGACCUGUUACAAAUAGGACCUACUCACGGCCAGGUGGGUACAAAGAAAAUCGUCCUGUCGGUUACCCACCAGAUGACAUUGUUUCUCCACCACCUACUUCUGAACGAAGGCAGGAUUAUGGAGGCUACAGAGCCAGGAGCAUAGAGCACGCACCACAACCACCAGAUGAAGAACCUCCUGAAAUGUCAAUUCCUAACAAAGUUGAACUAACAAAUGAGAAACCGGCUGAUCCAUCGCCACCACCUCCCGAUCGACCUGUGGAGAAAAAGUCCUAUUCUAGAGCCAGGAGGAGUCGAGCUAAAGUUGGGGAGGCUGGAAAGAGCAUAGACGACACUACAUUCCCUGAACUGCCUCCUCCACCUCCACCACAGAUGCCCACUGAGGUGGUUCCAGAGCCUUCGCCACCCAUACCUGUAGUGAAACCUGGUGGCUGGGAACCUCCUGUAGAAGGUGGCUUGGCUGGACUAGAACAGGACAUGUCACAGGUCAACAUUGCAGACCAGAACUGGACCCCUGGGCAAUCGCCAUACGUUUCAACACGUAUUCAGAAUCACAUUCACAUGCCUGGAGCACCCCCACAAUAUGGCCGCAUGGAGGGAAUGGGAGUUCAAAGUGGCCGUGUCAAGAGGUAUUCCUCCCAGCGUCAGAGGCCGGUUCCUGAUCCUGCUCCCGCUCCCAUGCACAUCAGCCUUAUGGAAGGUCAUUACUAUGAUCCACUCCAGUACCAAGGACCAAUAUAUGCUCACACUGAUGGCUCUUCCCCUUUGCCCCCUCAGGGCAUGAUUGUACAGCAAGAAAUGCACCUUCCCCACCCAGGUUUACACCCACACCAGUCUCCUGCCCCCAUGACUACCCCAAGCCUUUACCCUGCGCCAGUCUCCAUUCCUCCAGGCCAGCCUCCCCCACAGCAGUUGCUGCCCCCACCGUACUUCACUGCUCCCCCUGGAGUCAUUAAUUUUGGCAACCCAGCCUACCCUUAUCCCCCAGGUGCAUUACCCCCACCACCACCACCUCAUCUCUAUCCCAAUACACAGGCACAGUCACAGGUGUAUGGAGGAGUGACGUAUUAUAACCCUGUCGUACAACAGCAAGUGCAGCCAAAACCUUCCCCGCCCCGACGGACGUCGCAGCCUGUCACUAUUAAACCACCUCCACCAGAGGGUUGUCACUGGAAGCGCCACCAGGAAUACUGCAGGACGGAUUAUUGCCAGAGUGCUGCACAGUGGCACACACUGUGAACGUGUUACACCCCAGGAGGGGGUGAAGGAUCCGGAAAAUAGAAACUUGAAGAUGACAAGAGAAGGCUAGUUCCUGAGCUCCCUUUUACAAGACGCACAUCCAUCUUUUGGAUUUCAGACCAGUGUUUUUAUUAUGAAAAACUCCUCCUGGCCAUCUGGAUUUAUGCAACUUUUCCGUACUUCAGAAUAUGUCUCGCCAUUCACUAAUAUUACUGUGUACUUUUCCGUACUUUGGUAGACCAUUUCCUAUGUAAUGUUACAUGACAGAAUGGUUACAGGAAACCAUUUUUGUUUUUGUUGAAUUUGUACAGUUUUUUUUUUUUUUUUGCCAUGUAGGAAAAACAUGUGCUGCUGAUUAAAAAAAAAAAAAAAAAUACAUGGGGGACAAAGUAUUUUCUUUUACCAAACUAAAUCUCUAAGUAUUUUGUGUGAAAUACCAAAUAUUUCCUGUUUAGGACUAGGUGCUCUCCUCAUUAAAGAGACACUGUCACUUUACCUGUUCUGAGCAAAGUAAUAGUCUCUGCAGAUAGCACAAAGGCAGUUAUACUUGCCAAACUAUGCUCCGGCACCACUAGAGCACUUUCUAACCAAGGGCUUUCAGGCAUGAGGAAGCACAAGACCAUCCAUAUGUGACCGUACUCGGGCCUGAAUGGCAAAUCAACAGGCCCACUGUCACUUUUGGGCCAUGAUGUCCUCCACCUGUUUAAGUGUAGACACCAGAGCAUUGGCAUGUGGGACAGGGUGGGUGUUCCUAGUCAUGUGAAAGCACCUACCGGAGCAAUUCAGACCUUACACAGGGCUGUUCUCGCUCAUUUAGCUAAACAGAAGAGCAAUGGGAUCACGUGUAUGGGGGGCAUUUAAGAAGCCUGCAUGGGCAAAGCACAGGCUUACUUUUAAUGGAGGAACUCUCUCUCUAUUAAAGUGCACUCAUGUGACUUAAACGCACCACAGAUGCUAUCGUUCAUAUAGUCUAAAGGGCGAGACUCAAGAUAUUAUUAUUUGGGUGAUCGCUUGGGUGCAGAAAAUGUUGCUGCUCAAUUUACUCAGUGGAUGAUUUGUUAUAAUAUGCUGAAGUUCACUUUGGAUUGGGCUAAUGCUGGCCAAGCACUAGGCGUUGUAAUAAUUUCAACGAGCUUCCAAUAGCUACAUUGACCUAAUGGGAGGAAUUAAUAAAAAAGUAUCUGAGACCAGUUCUAUCUCCGCUGGUGCUAUUGCCCAUAGCAAACAAUCAGCUUCUAUCUUAAAUUUUUUUCCACACAGCUUAGAAAAUGAACAUUUAAAAGCCGAUUGUCUGCACUCCAGUUGCGAUAGUUUUUUGCCUCAAACUUUUUAUCGGUUUCCCCCAAUGAGUCAAGGCAACGUACCAGCAAUAGUUUUCCUAAAAAUCGGGACUGUUGGCAUUAGGUUGUCUUCAAUACUUUCAGCCAUCUUUGAAAUCAAAAGUUCAUUGAAAAUGGUUAAAAUUUACUUGUAUGAUUUAGGGUCAGUUCACACAGACUUGUGCUAAAGUGUAUGGAAAAUGCAUGUACGUUUCCCUCAAUCUCUUAACGCACGCUGACAUCUUUUAAUUUUCCUUUGACUUUUUAAUGUGCGUUGAUAUGCAUGCGUGGUGUUAUGGUGUGAAUAGGGCACUUUGAAAAUUGUUUUUCAGAUGUCCUUCCGUUGAUCUGUGUUUGUCUUUACAGCUGUGCUCAAAGCAGGUCAAUGCACUGGUGUGAACUGGCACUUAAAAGAGAAGCGGACUAACUGAAAAAAAAAA